GACGGCAUACGCACAAGCGAGAGUUAACAGUGCCGGCGGAUAGAAAGUGCUCCAAAGAGACACAAAUCUGCUUUUUUUGCAAAUACUGAACGGUGCAAAGUGUGUCUAACAUCCCUCAGACAUGCUUUAGCCCAUGCACGGAUAGAAACAAGAAGCCACUGCUUUGCUAUGGAGCCCCCGGAUCGCAACAAGCCCAGCAGGCAGGCCAAGCCAGGGGAAGAUGCAUCCCAACAGAACUCUGUGGUGGAUGAAUCCUGGGACUCUCCCAGUGAGGAAGAGGAAGCUUUAUAUGGUACAUCACCUCCGUAUACCCCACGUCAGAUGAAACGCAUGUCUGGCAAACAUCAGAGGAACAGCCAGGCGAGGAGCUCUGGGAGGUCUCCCAACAAAGCGGAUGUGAGUCCCUCUAUGCUAAGAGAGAGUCCCAGGCCUGCAGAGACCCCUGAGGAGCACAGCUACAAGCAGGGCAAGAAGCAGAGGGCCACACUGCGCUCCACAGAGAGAGAUCACAAGAAGACGUUUGAAGGCUCCUUCAUGCUGGAUCCACUCUCAAAGUCUGGUCCUUUCAGUGCCCUUAACAUGGACCCCAGGAAGCACUACCUGAGCUUGGGCUGCAGCAGUGGCAAACAGCCCGUGUCGAUGCCCUUUAUGGUGCGGACACACCGUCAGACUUCCCGAACAGACUGUCCUGCUGACCGCCUCAAGUUCUUUGAAACUCUGCGGCUGCUGCUCAAACUCACGUCUAUGUCCUCCAAGAGGAAGGAGAAAGAGCAGCGAGGCCUGGAGAACAUGGCCUUCAUGGGCCACAACAAUGAGGUCAUCUGGUUGGAGCUGCAGGCGUGGCAUGCACGGCGCUCCACUGGAGACCAGGACCUUUUUCUUUUCACAGCCCGCCAGGCCAUACCCGACAUCAUCAACGAGGUGCUGCACUUUAAGGUCAACUAUUCCAGCCUGAGAGGGGCCCAGUGUCAGGGGUCUCAAAUGUUUGAAGGGGACUAUCAGAGCAUCCCAGAUCUAGUCAGCGGAGAGGAGAGGGAGCCUGCUGUAGCAGAGACCAACCACUGUGGAGUAGAUCCCUGGGGCUUCAGCGCCUUUAACUCAUCAGCGAUGAACGUGGCGGAGCCUCUGGGCUCUGGCGCUGACUGCAGGGAGCACCUACAGCGCCAGCGGCUGGCUUUUGAACAGGUGAAGCGUGUAAUGGAGUUACUGGAGUCAGUGGAAGCUUUGUACCCCUCUUUGCAGGCUCUUCAGAAGGACUAUGAAAAGUAUGCAGCACGAGACUUUCAGGGCAGGCUGCAGGCACUCUGUCUGUGGCUCAACAUCACCCAGGACCUAAAUCAGAAGCUGCGUGUGAUGGCCACAGUACUUGGCCUCCAUGAUCUGUCCCGCAUUGGUUGGCCCAUCUUUGAAAUCCCUUCCCCUCGCUGCUCUCGUGGAAAUGAAGAAGAGGAGAAUGAGGAGGAUGAGGAGAAUGACUCUACGGCCACUUUUACAGCUGAAAGUGAUGCAGAGGACAGGGAAGUUGAGGAGGAGGAGGUGGGUUUGGGACAUGUAGCAGAUGGAGAGUUGUCUCCAUCCCUGACUCCUAAAUUUGCUCGAUUGUUGUCAGAAGAUGAGUUUCUCCCUACUGCCUCUGCAAUAAGCGCAGAAGCAGCAGUGGGUGGGGGAGUUUUCUGCCCCACAGCCAUCUAUAGACCGUUUGUGGAUAAAGCUCUGAAACAGAUGGGACUGCGUAAACUGAUCCUCAGACUGCACAAACUGAUGGACCGCUCGCUGCAGAGGUCCAGAGCAGCACUGCUUAGAAACACUCCUGAUCUGGAGUUUGCAGAUUUCCCAGACCCCAUGCUCUACAGUGAUUACCUGCCAGAGCUGUCCCGCCAUCUGUCCUGUAGUGGUCCAGCUCACCCAGAGCUUGGAGCAGACAUGGUUUCCUGGGAAGAUAUGCUGGACAUGGACCUUCCGUCCUUCCAGCCAGCGUUCCUUGUCCUGUGCAGAGUCCUCCUCAACGUCAUUCACGAAUGCCUUAAACUGCGACUUGAACAGAGGCCCGCUGGAGAGCCUUCACUGCUCAGUAUCAAACAGUUGGUGCGUGAGUGUAAGGAGGUUCUUAAAGGUGGCCUCCUAAUGAAGCAGUAUUAUCAGUUCAUGCUGCGUGGCGUGGUGACCAACGCUCAGGGCUUGCAGACAAAUGCCAAUAUAGACGAGUUUGAAGAGGACCUUCACAAGAUGCUGGUGGUCUACUUUGACUACAUGCACAGUUGGAUCCAGAUGUUGCAGCAGCUGCCUCAGGCUUCUCACAGCUUAAAGAACCUCUUAGAGGAGGAGUGGAACUUCACAAAGGUCAUCACGCCGUACAUACGUGGAGGAGAGGCGCAGUCUGGGAAGCUUUUCUGUGAUAUUGCUGGGAUGCUGCUUAAAUCCACUGGAGAGUUCCUUGAUGCUGGCCUGCAAAAAAGUGGUAAUGAAUUCUGGGAAAGUGCGGAUGACAGCACUGCCUCAGAUGAGAUCAGGCGGUCAGUCAUCGAGACUAGCCGGUCUCUUAAAGAGCUGUUUCAUGAGGCCAGGGAACGAGCGUCUAAAGCGUUGGGCUUUGCCAAAAUGCUUCGUAAGGACUUAGAGGUUGCUGCAGAUUUCAGUAUCACAGAUGGGGUGACUUCUCUCCUGGAGGCACUGAAGAAGAGAAACCAUGUUAAGGUUCAGAUUCCAGGCCUGGAGGAGCUGCAGAUUUUUGUCCCCUGUGGUUUGAUGGAUCAGCGGCCUCUCAUCCUGCAGCUCCUCAACGCUGCAGCAGGCAAAGACUGCUCCAAAGAGCCCGAUGAGAUGACUGAGGAUGAGGCUUAUCUGCUCAUGAGUAAACACAGAGCUGGGGACUCCACCACUGAUUCAGACUGGGAUCAGUGGGACGGAGAGCUGCUUAAACUGGUCCCACAGAUGGAAACUGUUGACACUCUAAGAGCCAUGAAGAUGGAGAACAUGCUCUUGAUAGUGAUGCACUCAGCUCACCUGGUGGCUCAGCGGAAGGCCUUCCAGCAGUCGAUGGAGGAUGUGCUCACUUUGAGCCGGGAGCAAACAUCGAGCCAGCCUCUCAUCGCAAGUGCACUGGAGGAGCUCAAGGAUGAGGCUCUACAGCUAUGCAUCAAGAUCAGCACCGCAAUCGACCGGGUGGAGUACAUGUUCACCACAGAGUUUGAGGCAGAGGUGGAGGAGUCGGAGCCAGCCACUCUGCAUCAGUACUACAGGGAGGCAAUGAUUCAGGGCUACAACUUUGCCUUUGAGUACCACAAGGAAGUGGUGCGCCUAAUGUCAGGAGAGUUCAGGCAGAGGAUUGGGGAACGCUACAUUGCUUUUGCACGCAAAUGGAUGACCUAUGUGCUGACCAAAUGUGAGAGUGGCAGGGGCACCAAGCCCAGGUGGGCGACUCAGGGUUUUGAUUUUCUUCAGGCCAUCGAACCUGCCUUCAUAUCAGCAUUACCAGAGGAAGACUUCCUGAAUUUACAGGCAUUGAUGAAUGAAUGUAUUGGACACGUGAUUGGAAAACCUCACAGCCCAGUCACCGGCCUCUACAUUGCUCCCAGGAAUAGUCCUCGUCCCGUAAAGGUCCCUCGGUGCCAUAGUGACCCACCAAACCCCAAUCUGUUUAUCCCUAAUGCUGAAGGUUUCAGCUCCCGAAGUCUCCCCUGCGACCUCCGGAACCAGCUUUUCCCCAACGGCCCUCGCCCCGUGCCUCAGGGUCCGGGGGAACAACACAGCCACACCAAAGCACCCAGCAGCAGCCCCAAUGACGUCAGAGGAUCCAGUUUCCAUGAAAACGACCGUCUGUCCACAGUUGCAGCAGAGUUGCAUUUCAAAUCUUUGAGUCGUCACUCCAGCCCCACAGAGGAAAGAGAAGAGCCUUCCUAUCCUAAGGGAGACCCUAACAGCGCUGCACGCCGAAGCUGGGAACUCCGCACUUUUAUCAGCCAGUCUAAAGACACAGCAGCAAGGCAAAGCCCCAUGGAGGCCGUCCGCCGCUCCAUCCGAAAGUUCGAGGAGAAACGCUAUGCUGUUAUGAAGCAGCGCAACAUCAUUGGACAAGUGUGUCACACACCAAAGUCCUACGACAACGUCAUGCAUGUCGGCCUCAGGAAGGUGACAUUCAAGUGGCAGAGGGGCAACAAGAUCGGUGAAGGCCAGUACGGGAAGGUGUACACCUGCAUCAAUGUUGACACUGGAGAGCUGAUGGCCAUGAAGGAGAUUCGAUUCCAGCCCAACGAUCACAAAACAAUUAAAGAGACUGCAGACGAGCUGAAAAUAUUUGAAGGCAUUAAACAUCCAAACCUGGUGCGAUACUUUGGAGUUGAGCUCCAUCGGGAAGAGAUGUACAUCUUCAUGGAGUACUGCGAUGAGGGAACUCUGGAGGAAGUGUCCAGACUCGGCCUGCAGGAGCACGUCAUCAGACUCUACAGCAAACAGAUCACUACAGCCAUCAACGUGCUGCAUGAGCACGGCAUCGUCCACCGGGACAUUAAAGGAGCCAACAUCUUUUUGACAUCCUCGGGUCUGAUUAAACUUGGUGACUUUGGCUGUUCAGUCAAGUUGAGAAACAACACUCACACCAUGCCAGGGGAGGUGAACAGCACGCUGGGAACUGCAGCGUACAUGGCACCAGAAGUCAUCACCAGAGCAAAGGGUGAAGGUCAUGGACGAGCAGCAGAUAUCUGGAGCUUAGGCUGUGUGCUCAUUGAGAUGGUGACUGGAAAGCGGCCCUGGCACGAGUAUGAGCACAACUUCCAGAUCAUGUACAAAGUAGGCAUGGGACAUAAACCACCCAUCCCAGAGAAACUGAGCACAGAGGGGAAGGACUUCCUUGGUCACUGUCUGGAGAGCGAACCCAAACGCCGCUGGACAGCUAGCAUGCUGCUAGACCACCCAUUUGUUAAGGUUUGUACGGAUGAAGAAUGAUUGGACCCUCCUCUGCGGCUGUAAAGUUUACAAAGGAAAGCACUACUGUACACGCUGUGGACUAAAAGAAAACAGAACUGUGGACGCUGAGAGGUUAUGGCUGAAGGCACAUGUUAAACUGAGGAACUAAUACAAAUCAUUUCAGAGGACAACUGGACCUAUGGAUUAUAGGGUUGUUGUGUCUUUAUGUACCCAUGGACUGGGGGGAGGGGAGAACGAUGAGCGGGGGGUGUACAUACUGUAAGAAUAGGCGUGGCUUUAAUUCUUGUAUAAACAAUAUUGUAAAGUUAAAGUAACUAUUGCCACAUGUUGUUCUCACUGGUGAAGAGACCUCUUAAAAGGCAUUGAGGAAUACUUUUUUUUAACAAAUGGGAGGGAGUGGGAGGGGGGAACAAAAUCUAUGGCACUUUUAAACUGUUUACCCAUGGGGCAGUUGAGUAGAGGAGGGAGGGCUCUGAACUGAGCCGCUCUCUGCGGCUGAAGAAGGCGUGGUUAGCCUCGCCAAAUGGAAGGAGAAGCUGGAUAUGAAAUGAACACCAUCCAAAUAUUCAAAUUAAUUUAUCUCUUGUCACUGUUGGCAAGCGUGGGCACUAGGAAGGAUUUUUUAAAUGUGUUUUUCUUUGCCUUUGCUGAGGAGUAAAUGUCAAGUUGGAGCAAUGUUCAAGUGUACCGGUGAGGAGCUGUUCAUGAGACUGGAGCGUAGCUGACUGAGAGGAGGAACGGGGCCUGCUCCCUCUCCCUGCUGCUGAACAUUAAGAUAUCCACAAACACACACACACUGACACACAACACAACUUCUGGUCCUCUGCUGCUCUUACAGUGUUUGCUAUGUACAAACAAUAUUAAUAAAC